AUGUUUAAGAUCAUCGCUUUAACCCUCACCAUCCUGGUCGCAUCUUCAGCUGCCAGCGAGCAAGUUCCGCUACCGGGUGUGGCCGGGCACGCCCAGUACAAGUACCAGUACGGGGUGCAGGGCGUCGAAAACGGUGACCACAAGGGCCAGUGGGAGCACCGCGACGGGGACCAGGUGCAGGGAUCGUACACGCUGCUGGAGGCGGACGGCACGAGCCGGGUCGUGGACUACAAGUCGGACCCGGUGCACGGCUUCCAGGCCCACGUCAAACGGGAAGGUCACGCGAAACAUCCCACCGGCGAGAGUUACGCCAACUUUUAUCAGUUUUAUUGA